CCCACCCUAUCCUCUCCCCCUCCGGCUCCACCGCCUCCGCCCUCCCCCACUCCACUGCGCACUCUAGCCGCUGCUGCUGCUGCUGCGGUAACACCACGCGCCGUGACUGAGCAAGCAGCACAGGUAGUAAAACACUAGCGGACCUGCUGCCUCCUUCCCUCCCUCCUCCCUCUCCCGGCGUGUGGUGGCCAUAGCUUCCGCUGCUCCUACUUGUCCUCUCUUGUUUCCUCAGCUCAAGACUAGGUUCAGUUCAGUUCCUUGGUUGCUGUCCCCGCCGCCGCGCGUGCGCUAGCUGCUGCCUCCUGCUGCUCUGUGUUGUGCCGCCGGCUCUUGUUCUUGCCGCUGCCUCCGCCACCGCCUCGGAAGCGCAGGUGAAGGGGCUCGCACGCCAUGACGGCGACGCCGGCGGUGAUCGGGCUGAGCGCCGGCAACCGCCUCCUCGCGGCCUCCUUCGGCCCCGCCGCCGACCUCGCGCCCCCGGACGCGCACCCGUCGCUGCAGUUCGCGCCCGCCGCGCCCAAGCUCGCCGUCGUCGUCGCGCACCGCGCCUCCGCCUCCUCCUCCUACCCCGCCGGCCACGCGCGCGCGCAUGCCGUCCGCGCGCUCAGGAACCACUCCGCGCCCGCGCUCGCCCCGCCGCCCCCGCCGCCUCCACCGGAAGACCCCGCCGCGCUGGCCCCAGACUUGGACUCGGCGUUCGAGUUCGAGUCCUCGCUCGAGGCCAUCGUGCUGCUGCAGCGCUCCAUGCUCGAGAAGCAGUGGGAGCUGCCAUUCGAGGACGAAGACGAGGAAGAACACCACAGCGAGAGCCUUUUUGCCAAGUCCACUGUGGUGGUUGCGCGGUCGGGCGUGUCGGCGCGGCAGCGGCGGAUGAGCGGCCGGCGGCGUGGCACCGGGCGGAAGAGCGUGGCCAUCAGCCCGGAGCUGAUGCAGAGCCGGAACCGCAUCUACCUCCGGGGCACCGUCAGCAAGGAGCUCCUCACGCACAAGCAGGUCGUCCAGCUCUCCAAGAAGAUCAAAGACGGCAUUUGGCUCCAGCACCAAAGAUCAAAGCUGAAGGAGAAACUGGGGAAUGAGCCUUCAUACAAGCAGCUGGCGCAGUCGCUCCGGAUAUCAGCCCCUGAACUGCGUGCAAGGAUGCGUGAGUCAUUUCUUGCAAGGGAGAUGUUGACAAUGAGCAACAUCCGUUUGGUGAUAUCCAUUGCCCAGAAGUAUGACAACCUUGGUGUCGAGUUGGCAGACCUUAUUCAGGGUGGUCUGAUUGGGCUACUCCGUGGGAUCGAAAAGUUUGAUGCAUCAAGGGGAUUUAGGAUUUCCACUUACGUAUACUGGUGGAUUCGUCAGGGUGUUUCGAGAGCAUUGGCUGAAAACUCAAAAACAUUCAGGCUUCCUACUUAUUUGCAUGAGAGGCUGAUUGCAAUUCGUAGUGCAAAGUAUGCGUUGGAAGACCAAGGAAUUGCUCCAACAACUGAAAACAUCGCAGGGUCACUCAAUAUAUCAGAAAAGAAAGUAAACAAUGCUACAGAGGCUGUGAACAAGGUUCUUUCACUGGAUCAACAGGCAUUCCCCUCCUUAAAUGGUCUACCUGGCGAGACACUCCAUAGUUAUAUAGAGGAUGAAAACGUUGCAAAUGAUCCAUGGCACGGAUUUGAGGAGCGGUAUCUCAAGGAGGAAGUCAAUAAUCUUAUAAAUUCAACUCUCAAUGAGCGAGAGAGGGACAUUAUUCGGUUAUAUCACGGCAUAGGGAAACAAUGCCAUACAUGGGAAGAUAUCAGCAGACAGUUUGGGUUGUCGAGGGAGCGUGUGAGGCAAGUUGGACUCGUCGCCAUGGAGAAGCUGAAGCAUGCUGCAAGGAGGAAACAUUUGGAUGCAUUGCUUGAGGAUUAUUGAGUUGAGAUGUUUUUCACUUGAGUCGGUUCCCCACACGCAGUGGUUGUAUAUACUCGGAAACAUAGGGUACAUCAUCCUUGAAAGGCUUUACUGCCACUCACUCUGCAGAUAAUUAUACAUGUACAUUUGUAACAAUUAAUAGGCAGAUCAAGAUAUAUGCCAGCACAAUCAUCAAGGCGAUCCAACGAGAAGAGAGGCGGCUUUUUUCUUGGAAGCUUCACAGAAUUUCUGUAAUAUAUGUAUAUGUAAUGUAUCAUUUAGCGCCUUAAUCAGUAGAGCAACAACAUCUAUGUCCUGGAUCUGUAUUCUUCUCCAGUUACAUAAAAAGAAAAUGCUUACAAGAUUAUGAGGCCAACAA